UAUCUAUAUCAAACAGUUAGUGUGCGAAGUUCCGCAUUUAAAGUGUAUUGGUUGUCGAUGUCAGUGCUGUCAUUAAAGUAAAAACAAAAAAUUAGAAUAGAAUAAUCCAGUGUAGAAAUGAACGUGUUAUUAAAAUGUUUCUUCGAGCAUUUCGAGAGCAUGGAGCGCAACAGUUUGCAUGCUCGCUACAAACGAAGAGAUCUAGUCGAAUAUUUCAACACGCUAAUCGAGGGAUGCAGAUUGGGUGAAAACUCCGAUUCGCAGACCGUCGUUCGAGAAGCGAUCGUCUGCAUUUUGCGGUACCACCAGAAGUCAAAGACAGAGAACGGCGGUGUUUGCUUGAUGGGGAAGUACCAUAACGUGCUGUACGUUGGUCUCAAGCUAUGCUUCGAUUGGGGUUUGCGAGAUACGGCGACGGUGGCCGCACUUUUGGACGAUAUUUAUCAUUGCGAAGGGACGUUCGAGAGGCUGAUGAUUGGUGCUUUGUUCGGAACGCGGGCUCCUCAUUUCAUCGCAGGUUGGAAGAGCGACUUCGAUAGUCAGGAGGAGAACGUCCGUGCUAUGGUUUAUUAUCUGGAUCACGCAACCAAUGCCAAUUUGGAGUACGCUUGCGGACACGAGAACAAACGGUUCAUUGACGUGCCCAUCGACAGUUGCGGAAAAGCGACAUGUCUUAAGAUCGUGGUCCAGCUGGGCGUACCGGAUAAGCUGCUAAUCCUAUUGAGAUACGGAGCGAGGAUUUACGACGAGGAUAAUGACGACGAGGAGACCGUUGUCGACAUCAUCCUAAAUCGCCUCACUGAAUGCGACCGAUCUUAUCCCUAUAAUAUUGUUUCGUGUCUGCAGCUCGUUCUGCGCGCGAUGCCACGUAUUUGCAUACAGGCUGAUUGUAGCAGAAGUACCCGUGGCUCGUUCCAAACUCAGAUGGACAUUGUUUUGGCAAGAUACCCGUAUUUAGUGCAGGACUGCAUCUUGCCAGCAAGCAGAUGCGGUUUUCAACCACCAGAACUGAAACACCUAUGUAGGUGCGUUAUUCGAUACCAACUAUGGAUUAAUUACCAAUUACCGAAUGGCAUACGUCUGUUGCCUAUACCUGGUUCGCUGCAUAAAUAUAUCGAUAUUAUGGAGGAUUAGUUUUAUUCCUUAUUUUUAUGUUUCACAGAACAAUCAUUUUCAAUUGCGUGCAAGCCAACCAAAUACGAAGCGAGCAAUCUUCUGCAUAAAUUUCAAUAAAUUUCAAUAGCAUGUUUUCUUUUCUUAGUCUCUAUGUCUCCUUAUUUUGCAUUUUACGUCUACCUAAAAACCCUAGUGUUGUUCUGCGCGCGAAACUUUACGAUGAAUUAUAUAUUGUUGUUUCCAUUUUAAACCCGACUUUUAUCUUCCAUGCAAAAGCAAUAAACAUGUAGGAUUAAAAAAUUAAAAAAAACACAUCAAUUUAAUGAGAUCUUCUCGUAUCCAGAAAACAGAUUAAAUGUAUAAUUUAUAACUUCAACUUUUAU